GAUUAAUCCGGCUCAUUUUUUUUUUCCGGCUUGCCGAAAAGGGGCGGGAACACGGCGAGGCGAGGCGCGGCUUGGAGCGCAGCGAGGCGCGUGAAUGGGCGCCCGGAGUGAGCUUCACGCGUCCUGCUUUCCAGUAAACAUUAACCUGAAGCUGCGUGCGUGGUGCCUCAGCCCCGACUCUAGCCAAACUUGCGGCUGCGUCACGCCAGGGAGAAACAUCCCAGGAUGCAGCUUAGAAAUCUCAGGAAUUCUCAUCGCCGCCCUUUAAAAACUUGAGCCCACCCGGGGUGAGGGUGGGGAGGGAGGGGGCCUCUGGAUCUGCUUUCAAGCGCCCCACCUUUCACCUGCGCGCUCUGCCUCUCUCCCUCCCCGCCUCCCCUUUCGGGUUCGCGUAAGUGAAGCCUAAGAGACGGGGCGCUCUGAUCUACCUCGCGGGCGACCGGUGGCUCUGGCUCGGCCCCCCUCCUCUCCGUCCAGCUCUUCUCCCUUCCCCUCUUCCCUUCUUGGUAAGCUGUUCCUCCCCCUCCCCGCGUGCUUUUUUCCCCCCUUCCCUUUCUUUCUCAUUCUCUCCCUCUCUCUCCUUUCGAAGAUCAGUUUGGGUUUUGUUUGGGGGAGGGCGGAGUUGAAGUGCGUUGAAAGGUUCCCCGCUUUUGCAGCCGCGGUGUUAAGCCAUCCCCACGUCUACCUGAUCCUUCAUGGCUGGGAGCGAAUGGGACUGGUUUCAGCGGGAGGAGCUGAUCGGACAGAUUAGCGACAUCAGAGUCCAAAAUCUCCAAGUGGAAAGGGAAAAUGUGCAGAAAAGGACUUUUACCCGAUGGAUUAAUUUACAUUUGGAAAAGUGUAGCCCUCCUCUGGAAGUUAAAGAUUUGCUGCUUGAUAUUAAAGAUGGCAAAAUUCUGAUGGCAUUACUGGAAGUGCUGUCUGGACAAAAUCUGCUUCACGAGUACAAGUCUUCAACCCAUCGUAUUUUUCAGCUGAACAAUAUUGCAAAAGCCCUUAAGUUUUUGGAGGACAGAAAUGUAAAGCUGGUUAGCAUUGAUGCAUCUGAAAUAGCAGAUGGAAACUCCUCCAUGGUACUGGGCCUGAUAUGGAACAUAAUCCUGUUUUUUCAGAUAAAGGAACUUACAGGCAACCUCAAUAGGAACUCCUCCUCAUCUAGCCUGUCAUCAGGGCCAAGUGGCCCUGAUUCAGAUACAUCUCAUCCCAGCACACCUAAUGUUGAGAGAAACAUGUCUGUUUCUGUGAAGGAUCAGCGGAAAGCAAUCAAGGCUCUUUUAACUUGGGUUCAAAGGAAAACUAGAAAAUAUGGUGUGGCAAUUCAGGACUUUACCAGCAGUUGGAGAAGUGGCCUGGCCUUCUUAGCUGUAAUCAAAGCAAUAGAUUCUAGUUUGGUAGAUAUGAAGCAAGCUUUAGACAAAUGUCCCAGGGAAAACUUAGAGGAUGCAUUCUGUACUGCACAAGACCAUCUGGGUAUUCCAAGACUUCUGGAACCAGAAGACAUUAUGAUUGAUUCACCUGAUGAGCAGUCCAUCAUGACAUAUGUGGCACAGUUUUUGGAGCAUUUUCCAGAACUGGAAGGGGAAGACUUUUCAGAUCUGGACAAGGAAUUUCCAAUUGAAUCUGCUUAUGUCCAUAUUAAAGAGAUACCAGAGGAAGAAAAACAAGAAAAAGUGUUACUCCUGAAUGAAAAUGGAGAACAUAUAUAUCCUAUUCACCUAGUAGAAAACCAAUCACCAUGCCCUCAAAUUGAUAGUCUUGCUUUGCCUCUUGAUGAGGAGAACCAAAAUUUUCAUGCAACAAGUACUGAACUUAAUGACAGUCUAGCUGAUCAUAUGGAUUCUUCUACAAAAGAACCUCGAAGGCCAAGGUCAUUGCCAGUAAGAAGGGUUCAAAUCAGCCCUCCUGCUAAUCUUGCCAACAAUGUAAACCAAUCUGAGGUUAAUCAACUGAAUUUCCCUGCUUCGGUAAAGAGUGAUGACUUCCCAUCAACUGUUCUUAUUUACCGUAAAGAUUCUGUUGAACCAGCUGAUUCUGAUGAAUUUGACUCUGACAUUCAGAAAUCAUCCAGUGAAAUAAAAGAUUCACCUGAGAGUAAGAUUUGCUCCUUGCCUUGGACUUCCCAUUCAUCUAAAAAGGUAUCAGAACAUCUGACAAAUGAACCUGAGUAUGUAAUUCCAACCUCUAUAGGACAAGAGGUCACACAGAAGUACAUAUUACAGAUGCUGAAUCAGGAAAUAAUAUCUAAGCUUGCAGAAAAUGAUGACCUUGCGGAACAAUCAUCUAACUUAAAGGAAUUCCCAACUACUAAUCAAGAAAUUGAUGGGCAUGACUUUAAAAAUAAUUCAGAGGCAACUUGUACACCUGAAUAUGAACCAAUCAGUAAUACUUCCAAAAGCCUUAAUAUUGCUAAUGAAGAAUCAAUGAUGACACCAAAUCCUUCUAAAGUCUCUAUAAUUCCUCAUGACCUUUUCUAUUAUCCACAUUAUGAUGUCUCCAUAUCAGCACUGCUGGAUGCCUUUGCUACCGCCACUUCUGAUACAGACCUUUCCCUUUUAGAAAACAGUAAAAUCUGCUCAGAAAUUCUAGUUGAUUGUUUGGCUGAAAAUGAGCCCCUUAGCCCAAGCACUGAAGGAGAUAUUCCCAAACAAGAUCUACCAAGCAAUAUGAAGGAUGUGCCAAAAAAAAAGGACAACAAAAGCCCAAGAAAACAGAAAAGAGAUUCUCAGAGUCAUACCAAGUUUUCCUUUAGCAAGAGUGCUGUGGUGGGGAAAAACACACUGCCCCAAAAGAACAACAAUUCUGAAAACAAUUCUGCGCACCCAGAUGUUCCUGUGAUUAUGGAAAAUCAAUCUGAUACUGUAGCUGAAGAAAGAAAACUGCCAGAAGAAAGGAGUAAAAAGAAAGAAAAAAGGAAGAAUAAGGCGAUCUUCCAAGGAGAAAAUCCCCAGAGCUCAAAACCUGGCUUUACCCGCUUAAUAGAUAAGCUGGAAGAAGAAUCCAUAGACCAUCCAGCUCUGUCAAGGAUCAGCCACAGUGAUCCCAAUAUUGUCUACCAAAUAAAUACUACUGAUUCAACGAUUAAGGAAAGUGGCAGGCCUGGUGUACAAAAGAGCACAACCACAAGUGAAUAUGCAAGUCCUGUUAUCAGGAAGAGAAAAGACCUUGAAGAGGAAGACACUCUAGAGAAGGAACUGUUAUGUAGGAGCUCUUCACGGACAGACCAGCCUGAGCUGUUUUACUUCAUUAUUUUCCUCUGGGCAAUAGUUUAUUGCUUACUACUUCUUCCACAGCUUGUCAGCAGCCCACUUUGAUCUCUGUGAAUGCAUCAGAGUAAUAAAAGAUAGCCGCUUGAGGUUUAUGUUUAUAUGCCCAUAAUCCUUUCUUCAGGAUGUAGUAAUGCCUGCCAAAAUAAACAGGUCAGGAUUAGGAAGGAAGGAAGAGAUUAAAGCCUAUUUGGGCUGAUUUUGUUCCUGUAAAAACCAACCAGAAGCCCAUUAACAAAAUAAUAAGGCAAAAGCAUCUGCUUCCUCAUAAUAUUUUAGCAAUGGAUACUCAUAUACAUAUUCCCUGUGAUAAUUUGUAGCCAUUUUGAUUAGUAGUUACUGGUAACUUUACUCUUUGUGAAUUGAUCUAAUCCUCUUUUAAAACUGUCCAAGUUGGGGCAUUACUACAUACUGUGGCAGCAAAUUUUAUAGACCUCUUGAAGGAAAUAUUUUUGUUUAUUCCGUCCUGAUCAUCUAUCAUUCAACUGCAUUGAAAACCAUAGUUUUAGUAUGAGAGAAAAGAUAUUCUGUCUACUUUGUUCAUGUUGCAUAACUUUAACAUUGAUAUCUCCUUCCUCAUCUUUUUCUAAAUCAAUAAGCUCAGAUCUUGUAGUCUUUUCUUAUUGGGCUCAGAGCUGGUUCCAUGGGUAUUCUUAUUUUACUGUUGCAUUAUAAGACUUUUGUGUACAUAAUAUAUAUUUGUAUAGAGAGAUCUACACAGAGUGAAGACAUUCGGUUAAUGAAUUAAUUCAGGAUUUUUGUACGUUUAUGCCUUGCUUUAUAGGAUGCAAAAUAAAAUGAACAAUCUUGUAGGGAAA